AUGAAGCAGAACAUCGCUGCCAGUUUGUUUGAAUUGGGCCUUGCGGCUUCUGUUGCAGCGGCGGCCGCAGCGGCCUCGAAUUCCUCUUCAACCGCCUGCACCCGCCUUGCAGAUCUGUACACGGAGCUCACCUUAUUUCCCAACUCGACGAACUAUACCUUUCAAGCCACAAACUUCUGGGACAAACGCUCCGAUCUCUUGCCCACCUGCAUCUUCCUACCCACGAAUGUCGACCAGGUCGUCUCGGCUGUCAAGAUCUUCCACCAAGAGGAUGCACAGUUUGCAAUACGAGGAGGAGGCCACAUGAAUGCAAGUCGGCGGCGGCAGACCCACAGUAUCCCGGUUCCAACAACAUCGACGGUGGUGACUUUGACCGGCCUGUCGCAGCGCACUCUCUCAGCCAAUCGAUCGAAUAUCGCAGUAGGCCCUGGCAACAAAUGGGUCGACGUCUAUGCCGCGCUGGAUCCCUAUGGUCUGGACGCCAUUGGGGGUCGAUUGAAGACCAUAGGGGUACCCGGGCUGACCUUGAUCGGCGGAUUCCACUACUUCAACAACAAGUAUGGUUGGGCCAUGGACAACGUUCUCAGCUACGACGUCGUUCUCGGCAAUGGCACCCUGGUCACCGCGGGCGCAAACAACUUUGGUAUCGUCACCAACUUCCUUCUCAAAGUAUACCCGAUUCCCAAGAUCAGCACGCAAAUCCAGGCAUUCAACGAAUCCGCGGUUCCGGCUUUUAUCAAGGCCCUUUGCGACUUCACCAACGCAGAUGACUCUUCAAUUGCUGCCGGCUCGGUCAUAUCGAUCCAGUACAACGCGACGACAAAGGUAGUUGCACCCUCCCUCCUGGGAGUACAAGAAGGCACCGAAUCGCCCCCUUCACGGUUUGCCGGAUUCGCCGCCGUGCCAGCGGUGCAGACAGUCCUUAAUGUCACAACACCAUGGCAGUGGGCUGACACCCUUGACACACCUAACCAGAUGUUUCGAAUCCAGUUUGGCCAUCAUAUUAUGAAACCGGAUGCGGACCAGAUAUAUCAGUUAUAUCAGAUCUGGAAGGACGCCGUCGAUCAAAUCGCGGACGUGAGUGGACUCUACCCGACAUUCGUCCUCAACGUCAUGCCCAAGAGCGCCAACGCUGUCGCAAAAACAAAUGGCGUAGGCAACGUCUGGGGUCUUGAUGAUGACCAAUCAUGGAUCUUAUUCCAAACUUCAACAGCCUGGGCUCUUCCCGAGGAUGACCUCCGCAUGACCGCGUGGUCACGAUCUUUGAUUGAACAUAUGCACUCCUUAAACAAGGAGAAAGGUCUUUCGUCGGAAUUUCUUUACAUGGGCGAUGCCGGCGAAUUCCAGAACCCCUUUUCCACAUUCCCGCCCAGCAAUGUCGAGAGACGAGAGACUGAAGACCAUCCGAGCCGAGUAUGA